GACUCGGCUCGCGGACGCGCGUGCGUCCCGGGGAAAAUGUUGCGCAGGUUCUAAAAUGGAACGUCGGCGGCGGCGGCGUGAGUGAGCGCGAGGGGGUGUGUGGCCGUGACUGUGGUCGUGGCCGUGGCUGUGCGUGGUGUGGGUGCGUGUAUAUGUGCGUGUGUGCGCGCCCGCCCGGGACUCUGCGCACCCUCGGGUGAAAGUAGCCGCCGCCGCCGCCGCCGCCGCUUCCUCUUCAGCUCCGGGGUUCUCUGGCCAGCCGCCCCCGCCACUCUCCCGCAUGGAGCUGUCUGCCAUCGGGGAGCAGGUAUUCGCCGUGGAGAGUAUCCGGAAGAAGCGCGUGCGCAAGGGAAAAGUGGAAUACUUGGUCAAGUGGAAAGGAUGGCCCCCAAAGUACAGCACAUGGGAACCAGAGGAGCACAUCUUGGACCCCCGCCUCGUCAUGGCUUACGAGGAGAAGGAGGAGAAAGAUCGUGCAUCCGGGUGUAGGAAAAGAGGCCCGAAGCCCAAACGGCUCCUGCUGCAGAGGCUGUACAGCAUGGAUUUGCGCAGCGCCCACCAGGUGAAGGGGAAGGAGAAACUGUGCUUCUCCCUGGCCCGCCGGUUGGGCGGCGGCACCCCCGGCAGGGUGGGUAGGGCGGGCCCAGCACAGCUGGAGGAGAAGAGCAGCAGCGGCGUACCCACCCUGCCCUUCCCGCUCAGGAAGCAGCACAAGGCCCAGAAGUACCUGCGACUGUCCCGAAAGAAGUUCCCUCCCCGCCUGGAGGGCCGCGGCCAGCUCAGAGACGCCGCCCCGGAGGAGCCAGCCGGAGAGGCCCCGCGGGACGCCGGCGAGUGGGACAAGGCCACGGCCACAGCCACCCCUGCCCAGCAGCACCCCGGCAAAGAGGGUGGUGACCCGACUGAAGGGGGCCCCCCCUGGAUCCCCACGCACCCCCCUUCCGAAGUGACGGUGACCGAUAUCACAGCCAACUCCAUCACCGUCACCUUUCGGGAAGCACAGGCCGCAGAGGGCUUCUUCCGGGACCGGAGCGGGCACUUCUGAACCUCUCCUGUGUGACCCUCUUGAGGUGGCCGUCUGCGGGCGGCGGGCUCUGGCCGGAGGAGGCGUGGGGGGAGGACGCCGCGGUGAUUUUGUCCUAAAAGACUCUAAACUCCUAAAACCCAGCGAGAAAGAAAGCGAGAGAGAGGAAGAGUCCAGCCUCAGUCCUGGGAGGAGCAUGUUUACAGACGUGUGGGGAGGGGGGCGCGGGACGAUCUUGGGGGGCUCUUGGCUACUUCUCGGGGGUCACCGACCUGGCCUGAGCAGAACUGGCAGGAAAGGGGACCGGGGAUCUCAAAGGGCCUUGCGCAGCCUGGGGCCCCGGCACGGAUGGGCAGCAAGGGGGUUUGGUGCCUGGCCGGAAGCCCUAGAAGCUUCCUAUUCAUCUGGGCAGAUGGGAGACCCCUCCCCAAAAACACACACAAAAGCCCCUUCCUCCUCCCCUGCCCAGAUGUAAACAGCUCGGUGUGAUCCAGCAUUUGCUGCUUCCACUCCAGGAGAGGAGCUUUGUGUGUGCACUGGAAAGAAGGGGCUUUUGUUUAAAGAUUAGAGAGAUCCGGUUCUGUGAUCCACAUCCAGGGGCCCCGUGGAAAUCCCUCCCCCAAUCAGAUUGGCGACUCCUCCAAAACAGAUAAACCUGGAAUCUGGGAGAGUCGCCAGGGCCGGACCAUGAGGGCCCUGCCAGCCACCAUGUGUCCCAGGCACGAUUUGAAUUCAUGUCUUCCCUACUCCAAGGCCAGGUCUCCAGCCAUGCUGCCUUUUUUGGUUAUGUUCUGCCCAGCCCACCACACUCACACACACAGACACUCUCUGUCUCUGUCUCUCUGUCUCUGUCUCUCCCUCCCUCUGUCUCUCUUUCUUUCUUUCUCCCUCUGUCUCUCCCUCCCUCUGUCUCUCUUUCUUUCUCCCUCUGUUUCUCCCUCCCUCUGUCUCUCUUUCUUUCUUUCUCCCUCUGUCUCUCCCUCCCUCUGUCUCUCUCCCUCUGUCUCUGUCUCUCUGUCUCUGUCUCUGUCUCUCCCUCCCUCCCUCUGUCUCUCCCUCCCUCUCUCUCUCCCCCUCCAUCUGUCUCUCUCUCCCUCUCUCUCCCCCUCUCUGUCUCUGUUUCUCUCUGUCUCUCUUUUUCUUUCUGUCUCUCUUCUGUCUCUCUCUCUCCCCCCCAUCUCUGUUUCUCUCUGUCUCUCUCUUUUUCUCUCUGUCUCUCUCUCUUUUUCUUUCUGUCUCUCUUCUGUCUCUCUGUCUCUCCCUCUCUCUUUCUUCCUCUGUCUCUCUGAGUGUCUCUGUCUCUCUUUUUUUCUCUGUCUCUCUGAGUGUCUCUCUUUGUCUCUCUCUUAUUCCUCAAGCUCACAAAGGUUUACAAAGCACUUUUCCUCAUGAUAGGGAGGGAGGGCACUUUUUGUACCCCAAUUUUAUAAAUGGGAACACUGAGGUCCAAAAAAGGCCACAGCGAUCUAAGCAUCAGAGCCAGGCCUUUAAAUGUGGGUCUUCUGGACAGUGUGGAAGAGGGGAAAGAGCCGGCUUGCAGUCUCCCCUGCAAUAAUGCUUACUCCUCGAGGGGACUCAGACAAAUCCAGGAGCCUCCUUGGCCUUGGUGUCCUUUUCUGUACAAUGUGGGGUCCCUCCCGUUCAGGCCCUCAGGCUCUGCUUCCAAGGCCAGUGAGUUUUUUCCUCUCUCUGUUAUUGUGAUAUUCCACAUCCCAGUUGUUGGAGAGAAGGAGGAAGUCGGCUGCCACACAGGCUCCUUUCAUAGGGUUGUCUGGGGAGGGGAGAGAUAACAGAGGGGGGCAGAAGGUAAAGAGCCACUCGGGUAGGAGUAGGGGCCAAGGAAAAGCAACAGAGCCUGCUGAGGAGAUGCCCUUUUCCACCGUUGCCCAUCUCUCACGCAGAGCCAUAGGGCCGGGGAUCAGAGAGAGCCCAGGAGGCCCUCUCCAAGGGCCCCAAGCACCCCGGAUGCUGCCACCCCAGCCCUGUAAGCCCACACCUGUGUACACCGUGACACACCCUUCAGAGGGGCCGGGCGUGAAGCCAGAAUCCUUGGGGCUGGGAGGUGGCACCUGCCUGGCCUGCUUGUUCCCCCUGGGGCCUCCGGGAGAAUAAUUCAUUCUCCCUUUGGGCCCAUGUUCUAGGAGAGGGAGGGGGAAAUUCUGUCAAUCCCUAGCUCCAGGUACAGUCGCCCUGUCUGCCUGCCAUUGAGGGGCUGGCAAAGGGCUUUCCCAGCCUUGGAAAGCAGACGUAGGCCCAUUUUGCAGACCCAGAGAUGGGAAAGGACUUGCCCAGGACCCUGAUGCUGGUAAGAGUCAGUCCCGAUUUGAACCUGGAUCCCCCAAUUCUGUGACAUGAUCUUCGUUGCCGUCUCUUUCUGCCUGAGAUAAUGGGACAAGAGCUGGCUGCGGGGUCCAAAGCCCAGAGCAGGGCCUUCCUCAGCCUCGGUCUGGGCCCUUCCAGCUCUGAAUCCAGAGAACGGAGCCAGGACUCUUGGGCUGCUAGAUCUCCGGGCAUUUGGCGGUCAGGAGUGCCCUGGGCAAUCGCCAAGCCAGAGAAACUUCCCGGGGUGAGAGGGGCCGCUUGCCCACUGGGGCCCAGCCUGUGAUGUCAUUGACAAAAGAAACUGACUCGUCUUCCCUGCUCUGCCCCGUCUGGCCUUGGGGAGCUGCCUGGGCACCCAGAGGUCCCAGAGCCUGUGUCAGAGGCAGAGAUUUGCACCUAGGGCUUCGUCAAGCCAAAGCCAACUAUCUCUUCCCUUGGCCAUCUUUUUUUUUUAACCCUACCUUCCAUCUUAGAAUUGAUAUUGCGUAUCGGUUCCAAGGCAGAAGAGUGGGAGGACUAGGCAGUGGGGGUUAAGGGACUUGUCCAGACAUUUCUGAGACCAGAUUUGAACCCAGGACCUCCUAGGGUUCUAGGUCUGGACUCUCCUCCCCAAGACAGUAGCCAAAGACUUGAUUUCCUGAAAGCGCGCUCAGAGGGGAUUUACGAAGUGGAGGCGGUGGGGUAGCAGAGGAGCGCAGGGCUCCGAGGCAGCAGUUCCGGGAUGGAAUGCUGGCUCAGCCUCGGGCUGCUUCUGCACCUCCGUCUUUCCCAUCUGCAGAAUGAGGAGGUUGGGCAUCCCGACGUCCAUGGGCCCCACGCCAGAUGUUGGGGAAGGGCCACCCUCCCAGCCCCCUUUCAGGCCAGGAGAGGACGGGGAAGCUGGGCAGUUCUUCUUCCCCAUCAGCAGGAGGCUACGAAGGGGGGAUUAUUCUCUCCUCCAAGUGUGGCCAGGAUGACCCGUUCUUGGCUCAUCUUAGCCACAGCAGGCUACGGGCGUGGGGCCAUAGAGGGUGGGGACGGGCUGUUACAGGGAGGGAGCCCUCCCGGCUCCCCUCCAAGACUGCUUGGUUUAGGGAGCCCAGGAAGGGGCUGAGGGGAUCUUCUCUGUCACCCGGCCCUGGGACAGACCUCCUAGCCCAGCUGAAGCAGGAGGAUGGGGGUGGGGUCCCUCCUGCUCCCUAGCCUCAGGGAUGGGGUACCACAGACUGCCCUAGAAGGGGUGAGGGUGCCAAGGAUGCUGCCGGGCUGCUAAGGGCAGAUUUGGAGAGGUGAGGACCCCCCCCCCAGCUGGGGAUCAGGGAUGUAGCAUGAGGUAGGAGCUGGCAGCCCUCCCCUGCCCCCCAUCUUCUCUUGGGGCUCUUUUCCAGCCUGGCACAGGAGGCCCCAGAAUCAGGCCUCAGGGGAAGUUCUAUGCCUGGUAGGGAGAUCCAUGGAUCGCUGCCAAAACUGCCAAAAGAGCGAAGGGCUAGAGCCUGGGGUUUCGUUAGGGCCUUGGGGAACAGCUGCCCCAAACCUGUGGCUUCUCUUCCUUCACACGGACACUCAGACGCACACACCCUCUGACUGCUGCAGAUCCCUUUCUGAGGCCCCAGAGAACGCCUCGACCUCCUCUGGGCUCUGCGGGCCCUUUCAAAGAACUGGUUGUAAAUUUAAACUAUGUAUUGGUUGGGGGUGACUGCCUGGAUGUCUGCAAAAACAAGCCUCCAGAUUCGUCCUUAAAGGUUAGGCCCCCCUCCCCAAAGGCCAAGGGCUUCUUUGCUCCCAGAAUCCCCGGCUGGGCAGAGCCGUGUUGGAAAGAGCUUGGGGGAUCCCCACCUCUCUGGAAUCAGAAGACCCGGCUGGGACCCAGCGCCGGCCUUUAUGACGUGUGAUUGAGGCCAUCGCCGGUCCUCCAUCCCCUGCUCUGAAGCGAGGGGCUGCAGGUGGCCUCCGACGGGCCCCCACUUGGGCCCUCUGCGAGGGUGGUGAGGCCGCAGGCUGCCCCCGCCCCAGGACCCUCUGCCUCUGUGGAGAAACUAAGCGGCUUGUCCCAGGGGGGCGAGGGGGGCGGAGAGACUGGCACCAGGGCCAGGCCCGCAGCUCCCAGGCUAGAGGGUGGGCAUCGAGGGGGUGGGAGGGAGCCAGGGAGCAGGCAGACAGCCAGGGCCUCCCACCAGACUCCAAACUGGAAUGUUCUAGUCCAGGGCUGGUACACUUCCUUUUCCCUUUUCCCAGGGCGAGGGCGAAGAGGAGCGCGCUGGGCAGUGACUUAAUAAUAAUGACGUGGCCAUUCUCCCUCCUCUCCUGCUCCAGAGGACGCGCUAGGCCGAGGGAGCCCCUUCCUGGCCCCCCGGCCCAGCCUGGGAAAGCUUUCUUUGCACAGAACGAGCUUUUAGCUUUGUACAGACAAAUGAAUGUAGGGGGGGCUGGGGCACGUGCCUGCUGCGGGGAGGGAGGGUUUGCCGCUGGCCGCGCCGGCCCUAUUCGGGGUGGGAGGGCAGAUGGACGCAGAACGUGGUUUAUUUUUGUACUGACAUCAGUGAGAGACUGUACAGCAUCUAUUUAUCUAGAUGAUUUAUCUGGUAUGUGUGGCAAACAAUUACUGAAGAGAAUAUUAAAGAUGAUUUGGAGAAAAAA